AUUUCCAAACACGUGGCGCUAGUGUUCUAUCCGUUCUAAACAAGACUGUCAAAUUGUCAAUCGUGCGGAUUCGUGCGUGAAUGUGGAGUGUUUUGUGUUGUGAGUGAAUGGUGCUUGUGGGUCGUGGAAAAUUAUUGUCCAUUGCUGCUGUUAUGUGGAUAUGUGUACGUAACGUGAGAUAGCUGUGCUGUGAUAGUAGCGGUCUAACUGUGGAAUGGUUCCGGGGUGUCGGCGGUUUGGUUUUAAUUUGAGCGGCUGAGGCGAACACAAGAUGGGGAAGCUACUAUCGAAGAUCUUCGGCAACAAGGAGAUGAGGAUACUCAUGCUGGGGCUUGACGCAGCUGGGAAGACUACUAUUUUAUAUAAACUAAAAUUAGGUCAGUCAGUCACAACGAUACCUACGGUCGGUUUCAACGUGGAAACGGUCACGUAUAAGAACGUCAAAUUCAACGUUUGGGACGUCGGUGGGCAGGACAAGAUACGACCGCUGUGGAGGCAUUACUAUACAGGCACUCAGGGUCUAAUAUUCGUAGUGGACUGCGCGGACCGCGACCGCAUCGACGAGGCGCGCCAGGAGCUUCACCGGAUCAUCAACGACCGCGAGAUGCGCGACGCCAUCAUACUCAUCUUCGCCAAUAAGCAAGACUUGCCCGACGCGAUGAAGCCCCACGAAAUCCAAGAGAAACUGGGUCUGACACGCAUCCGCGACCGCAACUGGUACGUGCAACCGUCGUGCGCCACGACCGGCGACGGGCUGUACGAGGGGCUCACGUGGCUCACCAGCAACCACAAGUUAUGAGCGCAGGAGUAGGCGGCCCGGCUGCCACGGUAAGAA